CUUCACAUCUGUAGCCUUCAUGCCAGGCCAGCUUGUCCACACUAAUGAGAUACUAGUGCUGCUGGGAGAUAACUGGUUUGCAGAGCGGUCAGCUAAGGAGGCUUCAGAAAUAGUGGACAGGAGAAUUGCAGCUGUAGACAAAAGUCUGGGGGACUUUUCUGAAGAAUUAAAACUUUUGGAAUCGAGGAGACAUUUUACUCGAGAUGUAGCACAGGAAAGUCUUGAUCAUAGAGAAAUCAGGGAGGUGUAUGAUGAAGAAGAGGAAAAGAAAUGGAAAGAGGAACACAGAAAGAAUGUACGGAGUUAUCACCAGCAGAAACGCAAAGCGGCAGCCAAGCAGGAAGACCAGGUUAAUGAAGACCUGUGGAGGCGCCUUGAUGAGCUGGAGAUGCAAGAGGCCAGGAAUAAUGAGAUGAAUAGACUGUCAGAUGAUGAGGAUGGUGAUGGGAAACCUCCAGAAAGCAGAGCAAAGAGCAGACUCAUAAAAUGGGAAGAUGAAGAGAAACUACAAUUAGCUGGGAGCACCAGUGAAGGAAGUGGCAGUGCUGCAGACACUAAUGAAGAAACGGAAUCAGAUGAUGAGGCAUCAGAGGCACAAUCUAACAGUCCCAGGAAAACUAUUUUCUUCAAACACACUGAAAAAGUAGAUACAGUUCACUCCACCACAUCAAACUCCAGUCAAGAAGAAAAUGGCGAUGCCCAAAAGCCAAAGAGCAAAAUCAACAGCCCAAGAGAUAUCUACCUGCAGUUUGCUGCCUCGUCUUCUCCAUUAGACCAACCCAAGUCUAUCCUUAAAGCUAGUAACCCUGGUCACCCCACAGACUACACUAGUCAGGGAAGAUCUCAGACUAUAUGUAGUCCUGGUCCUGUGUCAGAUUUCACAUGUCAAGAUACAGAGACACAGAACCCUGCAUUGAAACCAGCAAACACACCUCAAGCAUUCACAGGGUCUGUGAUAGAAAGGUCAAGUUUAUCCACGUCCAAUACCACAGAGGUUCAAGACCCCACUCUCUUACAGCCACAGAAGAGAGUCUCCAAGUUUAAAGCUCAAAGACUUCAACAAGAGAAGAGGUAGCAGUGGCUCCACUCUCGUUAGUCAGAGAUGUACUAGUACUUCAUGGUGCUAUAGGUAAAAAGAGACUCUUAAGCUAGACGAGAACAAAUGUUAAAAAUACACUCUAUGAAUGAAGAUAUUUUUAUAUUUGCCAGUAAUUCUGUGGAGAUAUUUGUGGCUAGUGACCACAUGGAAAGGCACUGUGUGUAUGUGAAGUACUCACGUUGAUAUAAAGAUUAUACUAGAAAUAUGAUGUGAGUAGGUAACGUACAAUCAAGAUAUAACAGAAUGAAAGGAUAAGUCAUCAACUAUGGCAUCGCUGAUUUAAUAUCAAGCUUUAUUUUAAAAAUAUGAGGUGAAUUCAUUUAUAGCACCAUAGUCGAGUCCCAUGAAUCUUCAGACUGUUAAGCCUUAUAUAUCAGGUAGCAUAGAGGAUGUUGUUCUUACUUAAAAACUAGACCAAUGUAGGAUGUGAGGUAUACUAUGCAAGUCCGGAUUAUUAUUUCAAUGAGUGAUUGAUAACCCAGUACAAAUACACACUUACCGAGCAAAUGUUUGUAUUAUAUACCAUGAUUAUUGUUAUUAUUUGUAAGUCAUUGUAUUAUAUGAAAUGAAACAAAUAAUACAGUUACCUAGCACAUAGUCUUUUUUGCACCAGUGGCCUGAUUUGCUGAUUAUGUUCUGCUUUUCUACCACCUAUUUGUAAGAAAAG